AUGGCACGAAGAAAACAAACUCAUUCACCUUCCCGUUCAGAAAAGAAUGAUGAGCAGUCUGCUGGUGAGGAAGAGGAAGAGCAAAAUGAAGGUUCUCCUAGGGGAAAUACACCUCCUCGGUCUCCAACUCCAGAGGAUGUUGUUAAUGAUUCUAUUCCUACUCCUCCUUCAUCUCCAACCAAGUCUAAUGUUCUGGAUUCGGCUCCUCCUCCACCUCCACCUACAUCACAACCUUCUUCUACAAUUGCUCCACCACCGCCUGUCAGCUCUACUCCUAUUACUACAGCUCCAUUACUACAGCUCCAUUACUACCUCCUAUUUUUUCCCAAGAAACUUUCACCACUACACCUAUCAUCACCUCUACCAUCGAUUCUUCAAAUCCCAAGUGAUGAUGAUGAAUCUGUUCCAACGACCAAGCAGCAGAUAGACAGUGUUAAUGAAAAGCUUGAUGCCCUGGUUGAGUCCUCUAAGAAGUGCAAUGAUAUUGUCAUGAAAGCCUUUCUAGAUACAGCGUUGCACCAGUAUCAUGAGUCCAUCGACAAAUGCACUGCUGCUGUGGAUGAUUCUAGUUCUUUGUGCAAGAACCCUACAGCUGAUGUCAAAAACCUUAUUCAUGAUUCCAAGGUUUUCCUUGAUUCUCUCAACGGUCAUGCUGAGACAAACGCUACUAAGGUGAAUGCAUCGGUUGCUUCCAUGUCUCAGUCUCUUCAAGGAGAACAAGCCAAAUUUGAGACUCUUCGGUCUGAUGUUUUUACUGAUAACAAGACUUUUCUGGCAUCUGUUGACUCUCGGUUAGACAAACUCAAUGCUGAUUUCCAGGUGGAAAGGAAACUACGAGAUGAUCUUGCUCAACAUAUCGCUAUCAAUGAAGUGCAGAAGGCUGAAAUUGCCAGAGCAGAAAGAGAAAUUUCGCUGUUAAAAACCGAAUGA